AUGGGCGUGUUGGUCGCCUGCUGUGCCGCGGUGGGCUACGCGCUGGUCGGCCUGCUGGCCUUCUGCGCCUGGCUCUGGAUGAACCGCCCGCGCACCGACAUCCCGGGUCCGCAUCCGCUGCCGCUGCUCGGCAACGUCCUGUACUUCCGCAAGUUGCCUGUGCUGCUGGAGCACUUCCGAGAACUGCACCGCCGCUAUGGAGACGUAUUCAGGUUCUAUGCCGGUCCCAAACUUAUUGUUGUGGUGACAAGGCCAGAAGAUGCCAAGAGGCUCCUGGUAGGCGUCAAGAUGCGUGGCAGGGACACUUACGCAGUUACUCCUCUGCUACCUUUCACAGGAAACGGACUUAUCACCAGUAGAGGAAACAUCUGGAAGGAACACCGCAGACUCAUUGAGCCAACGUUCCACUCUGAGUUAAUGAAAGACUUCAUGCAACAGUUCAACGAGGGUGCAGAGUUCGUGUGCAAAAAUCUGGCAGCAGCGGCAGGCACUGAAUACGAUAUCACGAGGAUGCUCAUCCACGCUACACUGGCUGUUGUCACCGCUUCCAUUUUCGGCAAAAAGAUGGAUGAAAUCGAGCCUGAUGUGAACAAGCAAGCUGAGGUUGCUGACGUCUUUAUCGAAGCCUUAAAGCUAAUGCAGGAGACGCUGCGUCUGUAUCCUGCAAUACCAAAUCCGCCGGUGAGCACCGAGGAAGACAUCCAGCUGGAAGGAACUGGGUACGUGAUACCACGUGACAGCCUCGUGCUCGUGUCCCUCAUCCUGCUCCACCGCCGGCCGGACAACUUCCCCGAUCCUGACAAGUUCGAUCCGGGCCGCUUCCUCGAAGGGGGCAGCGCUCGCUCGCUACCACCCGGCAGCUACCUGCCGUUCGGCGCCGGCUCCCGCAAGUGCGUUGGCGGCCGCUAUGCCUUUCUGGAAAUGAAGACAGUGCUCGCGGCCGUCCUCCGUCGGUUCCGGGUAUUUCCCGGUUCCAGCAGGGAGGAGCUGGAACAGGUGGAGCUCUCCGUAAGUGGGUCGCCAGUCACUGGGUUCCGCAUCAUCUGCAUCCCCCGGAGCGACCAACCAGCGAAUUCUGUUCCACACGCUGUAAAUACAUGA